AGUUAAGUGUUCAUCUACACAAUGUUUCGAUGCAUGUAAUCUUAAAUUGACUGAUAAUUACUUUGAAUAUGAGCAGGGUGCUGCAGAAAUUGUCGUUAAAGGUCGUUUGAAACAGAAUGAAAACUUUUGGCAACAGAUAGGUGCAAGUGACUUUGUUUUAGAUAUAAUCAAAAAUGGAUACAAAAUUCCAUUUUUGUGUAUGCCACCCAAAAUGUACUUGCAUAAUAACAAGUGUGCCUUAAAUAACGCUGAUUUUGUGUGUGAAGCUGUAUCAGAGCUUGUCAAGAAACAACUAGUUGUUGAGUGUGAUAUCCUGCCGUAUGUUGUUAAUCCUCUAUCUGUCGCUAUACAGUAUCGGGUAAGAAACGCUUGAUUUUAGACCUGAGUAUCGUCAACAGGUUUGUGCUCAAAAAGACUUUGAAAUUUGAAGAUUGGAAAACUGCUUUAGAAUAUAUCAGUGCAAAUGAUUGGCUAAUCAAGUUUGACAUCCAUUCAGCAUAUCAUCAUAUAGAUAUCUACGAAGGGCAUCCUGACUUUUUGGGCUUUGCUUGGAAUGCCCCUGAUGGAAAAACACAUUUUUAUAAGUUUGUAGUACUUCCCUUUGGACUGACAACAGCUCCAUACGUUUUUACAAAAGUCACUCGCCAGCUUGUCAAGAAGUGGCGUUUUGAAGGACAUAAGAUAGUCACAUACUUGGAUGAUGGUAUAUUAUCAGCAGAGUCAGAAUUAAGAGCACUAAAUUCAGGUUCUGUCAUUAAAAAUGACUUGAUUAAGUCGGGGUUUGUACCUAAAGUUGAAAAAUCUUUAUGGGCACCUUCACAGUCUUUGGAAUGGCUCGGUUUUCACAUUCAGGCUACAAAUAUGACUAUAUCUGUACCUCACAGGAAGAUAGUCAAGGUGAAGUGUUCAAUUACUGACCUAUUAAAAUCCAAGUCAAAGAAUGUCAAAGUGCGAGAUGUAGCUUCUGUUGUCGGUCAGCUAGUGUCCAUGAAACUGGUUCUGGGGCCGUUAUCACAGCUUAUGACAAGAUCAUUAAGCAUGGACAUACUUAUUGUUUCUACUUGGCAUAGUUCAUUAAAACUUUCAUGUCACAGUAUUCAUCAAUUGAAAUUUUGGCUGGGUAAUAUUGACAAACAUUCUUCAAGAGCACUUGUUGAUAAAUCUCUUACUACAAGACUUGUUUAUUCUGAUGCCAGUGAUAGUGGUUUUGGUGGGUACUGUGUUGAGAUUGAUUCUGACAAGUCCCAUGGUCAGUGGUCUGCGAAAGAAGCUCGUCAGAGUUCUACAUGGAGGGAGUUAAAGGCUGUUCACUUGACAUUACUGAGCUUUAUUCCCAACCUGAAGAGCAACCGUGUUAUGUGGUGUACAGACAAUACAAACGUUGUGUCAAUCGUUGAGAAAGGCAGCAUGAAAAUACAUUUGCAAACAUUGGCUUUGCAUAUAUUUGAAAUAUGUACAAAACAGUCAAUACAGUUGUAUAUGCAGUGGAUUCCACGAUGUGAUAAUCAGACAGCUGACUAUCUUAGCAGAAUGAUUGAUUAUGAUGACUGGGGUAUUUCAAAGACCAUAUUUCAGCAAAUUGAACGGAAAUGGGGUCCACAUCAAACAGACAGAUUUGCGUCAUAUUAUAACACUAAACUUCAGUGUUUUAAUUCCAGGUACAGCAAUCCUGGAAGUGACGUUGUGGACUGUUUCACUGUCAACUGGGGUGGCUUUAUGAAUUGGGUGGUUCCUCCUGUAUGUUUGAUUCCGAGGGCAAUCAAACACAUGUCAGAAUGUAAGGCUAAGGGUACUCUUGUGAUACCAGAGUGGCACUCUGCUUGUUUUUGGCCAAUGGUAUGUCCUAACUCAGUAUUCAUUCCACAGGUGAGAGAUUGGAUGUAUUUGCCACGAUCGAAGGAGGCUUAUGUUGCCAGUAGAAUAAAGGGUGGCAUGUUUGGGGAGAGAGAUCUUUCAGAUACAUUUCGGACAACCUAUAGUGAUGAGAUUGCUACACUUCCGAGAGGUGUCCGCGAAUUAGCAGGGGCUCUGCCAGGCCUCUUAGCAGGGUGUAGAGCUGAUUCUACAACAACAAAGUAUACAUAUGGCUUUGGAGCUUGGAAAAGGUGGGCGAUCGUCAAUUCUAUGUCUGUAAAAUUGCCAUUGUCGCCAUUGCACUGUGCUUUAUACCUGUUAUCUGUAAUUCAGCAGAGUGAUUCUAUAUCUCCUGUUCAGACAGCGUUCUAUAGCAUCCGUCAUGCUCAUACUUGUAUUGGUUUAGCAAGUCCAACUGAUAAUUCACUGGUGCGUAAUGUCUUGGAGGCAGCAAGGCGAAAAUUGGCUAAAGAUGUAUGUAAGAAGGAGCCAAUUACCAUUAGCCUGCUAGAAAAGUUGUAUGAUGGUAGAAUGGCAGAUCCAUCACUGUAUGAUUUGAGAAUUAUGUCAAUGUGCUUAUUAGCCUUUGCUGGGUUUUUAAGGUCAGCAGAAUUGUUGCAGAUCACGAGAUCAGACAUUGUAUUUUAUGAUGCUCAUAUGAUGGUAUUCAUUGAGCAGUCUAAGACUGAUGUCUACAGAGACGGGGCGUGGCUGGCUAUUGGGCGGACAAACACCAAGCUUUGUCCAGUGGCAUUUCGUUUUGAGAUGUGGACGUGUGGCGGUGAGGCCACAUUCUGUUAUGGUCAUCUGUCUCUGUUGACAGGCCAUGUAUGUUGAUGAUGCUGGAGAGCUGUUAAAAUACUCAUUGGUAUAAUCGUGUUUACUAUCACAUGUGAAUUGUGGCUGCAGAGCCUUUAGAAUACUUUGUAUAUAUGUUUGCAUUUCAUUGGCUACACAAUGUACGGUAGGCUGCAGAGCCAUUAGAAUACUUGGUCUUGGAAAUGUUCGGUUGGCAGAACCAUUAUAAUACUGCUGUAUUGGGUGUGUGUGACCCAUGUUAGAUGAGUAAAAUAAGGCUUUUGUGUAUAAUUUGUAUUUGUAAAAGUAUGUUGGACGUGUGUAAAGGGUAAUUCAAAUACUGUAUACUCCCCAGUUACUGGUGCUGUUGCAUUCGUAGGGAGAACACGGUUCCAGAGCUUUUUGUAUUAACAAAAAUUUUAUCUCUGGUUUUACGUGUCGGGCUUCAGGUACCGUUACCAUCUGUAUGUUUCGAUAUGUUAUAUUCUAUAUGUUAUAACACAUGUUAUAAUGGUAUAUGGAGUGACGUGAUGUCACUGUGUGUUGUGUCUUGCGUCUUGUGCUUUGAAAAUAAACUGCCGUGUACCGCACAGC